CCAACUGCGCACCAGGCCGCAUCGCGUGCGCUCUACCACAUGCGCCGGCUGCCUCUGCGGCCGCCGCAUCGCCUCUUGCAGCGCGCACUCGCGAACGCCGCCGACGCGGGAGCCCGGCGACCUCCCGCACCUGUUGCAUGCUCCCGGCUGCGCCAACUCCCCAACCAACCCCUGGGGACAUGUUGCCACAGUGCUUGCUGCAAACACCAUUCCAUGACAAAAAAUAUGUUCUACCAAGAAUGCGUAAGAUACGUUCCUAAGGUCAAGUCUUUUUACAUGGCGCAUCUAUCGUUUCUCCGGUCUUCAGGAUAAUUUCAUCUGAGUGGAGAGUGGUAAGUACAUUGAUUAAUGUUUUCUUCUCAUGCACUUUUGAAGUUCUCAAC